AUAAACCCAUAUGCUCUAUCAAUAAUCGUUUCAAGCCUUGCCCUGGGCACCAUCUUAACACUAUCAAGUUACCAUUGAAUUUUAGCCUGAGUCGGGCUUGAAAUUAAUACGCUAGCAAUUAUCCCCCUGAUAACAAAAACGCCCCACCCCCGAGCCAUUGAAGCUGCAACAAAAUACUUUCUCACACAAGCCGCAGCAUCUGCCCUCAUUCUAUUCUCUAGCAUCCUUAAUGCAUUUACCAUAGGAGAAUGGGCUAUCAAUGUACCCUCUCACCCAAUCCCGGCCACCCUCUUAUCUAUUGCCCUUGCAAUAAAACUAGGAGUCGCCCCAUUCCACUUCUGAUUGCCUGAAGUUCUCCAAGGAUCUACACUCCAAACAGGCUUCAUCCUAUCCACAUGGCAAAAAUUAGCCCCCAUAGCACUUCUCAUCCAACUUUCUCAGUCAGUGAACCUCACCCUCAUGCUCACCCUAGGCCUCCUAUCUACUAUUGUCGGAGGGUGAGGCGGCAUUAACCAAACUCAAAUCCGAAAAGUACUUGCCUUCUCCUCUGUGGCCCACUUAGGUUGAAUAGUAGCAAUUUUAAAAAUCUCCCCUAGCCUAACCCUCUUAAACUUUUCUCUCUACAUCCUAAUAACAUCAACACUCUUUAUGACCUUUAUCUCCUUAAACACAAAAAACAUAUACGAGCUAUCAACCACCUGAUCUAAAACCCCAACCCUCGCAGCACUAUCAAUGUUAUCCCUUCUAUCUCUCAGUGGACUCCCACCACUAACAGGAUUUUUACCAAAGUGGCUCAUUGCCCAAGAAAUAAUUAAACAAGACAUAAUUGCAUUCGCCCUAAUAAUUCUCCUGUCGACGCUCCUCAGCCUUUUCUUCUAUCUUCGUCUCACAUACUCCAUAUCCCUUACCCUAGCACCUAACCUAUCCUCCUCUUCUUUACUCUGAUUUAAUCCAUCAAAAAAUAUUCUCGCCUCACCAAUAAUUCUCUCCCUCCUCCUUCUACCCCUUACCCCAACCAUCAUAGUCAUUAUUUAG